AUAAGUGUUUAUUUAUAAAUAUUUUUCGCUAAGGAAAUGAGUCGUGUACCAGACUUGUCGACUGCCAAAGAAGAUCCGUAUAAAAUUCCAAUCGUCAUGGCAACCAAAGAGUCCUUACGGGGAUACGCCACCAUAGUAACAGAUUUUGCGAAGGUCAAGGUUGAAAAGACGCCAUGGCCAGUGCAAGGUUGGCGGAAGGCACGAGAUGGGACGGAUAUUCUUCAUGGGGAGGAGAGCGGGGAAAUUUACUACAAAUGGGAAGGCAACACGUACACCGCAGAUAAGGUGAUCGGGUGCAAGAAUGAAAUCGGCUUCAUACACAACGGCUCGUUGUCUAGCAACACACAUUCGUUACCAAGGACGCAUGUAUUGGCUUGGGAAAGCACUUAUCAUCCAGACUGUGGGGAAGUUUUCUUUCCGAAAACUGGCGAUAGUUUUGUUGUUGUUCUUGCUUUGCCAGGGGAUGAUUUAAAACUUGAAGACUUUGUAGCAUUUUAUUGUGAUGGUACAUUUGGUAUACAGACACACCCCUAUGUUUGGCAUCUUGGAAUGUUUUCAACUAAGGAUAAUGUCACAUUUCUAGGGAAACAAGGAUUGCUACACGCAUGCGUUGCUGUAGAUAUUUUAAAAGAAUUUGGACGUUUGAUAUAUGUGCCAUUGACAAAACCAGAGGAAUAAACACAGCUUUUACUUCUUGAACCUUUACCACGUGAUAUUAUUAUUAUAUUAGCUGUUAUAUUUUUUACAACAUGUACCCGUUUAUAUUUACAAACGACCUCAAAAUAAAUUCUAAUAUGUCACACUGUAUAGACCAGGAUCUGAAUGCUGGUUUCCAGUUCACAUCAAAACUAGUAGCUUUGGGAAAUAUAGCUCGCGUUUUAUGAGCUAUGGACACGUUGCAUUGAAACUGUAGGUAGAUGU